AUGCACGGAACUUCGGAAGGCGUGAACAAGUGUGACACGGAGGUCGGGAUCCGAGACCGCUGUGACGGACCGCCGACGCUGGCUCGAGCGGGAGACUGCACGCACACACAGCCUCGAUUGUGGGUGAAGCGCGAGUUCCGUCGAUUCUUCGCACCGAGCAGCACCGAUCUUGCUUCUGGCUGCCCUGGUGCUGCUGCUCUGCGUCACUAUUCUAUUGCCGAUGGCCCUGUCCCGGCUGAGCUUCAACCUCGCUUACCGUCACACUGCCUUCUCACAACUCACUUUGACCCUGGAUUUCUCUCACUUAUCCACGGCUUCGACUGGAUCAUCCCCUCUCCAUCCAUCCAUCAAUCAGCCAACAAUCCCGCUGCACAAGCACAGAUGGCGCGCUUUGACGAUCAUCUCCCCACACGGCCUGUCGAUCGCGACAAGGCCGAAUCAGAGCUCUCCAUCCACAUCAAAAAGGCUACCAGCAACGAGGAAUCCGCUCCCAAGCAGAAGCACGUCCGCAAAUGCAUUGUCUACACAUGGGACUACCGAACUUCCCAGUCCAUCUGGACCGGCCUCCGAGUACAGCCUAUCCUCAGCGAUGAGGUGCAGACAUUCAAGGCGCUCAUCCUCGUCCACAAGGUGCUCCAGGAGGGUCACCAGGUCGUCCUCAAGGAGGCUCAGGCACAGAUCGGAUGGUUCGAGACCUGCGCCCGCACUGUCGGUGCCGACAGCAUGCGUGGCUACGGCUCUCUCAUCCGUGCCUACGUCAACUUCAUCCUCGCCAAACUCCGCUUCCACCGCCACCACAAGGAGUUCAACGGUCUCUUCGAGUACGAAGAGUACAUCUCGCUCAAAAACAUUGACAAUCCCGACGAGGGCUACGAGACCAUCAUGGAUCUUAUGAAUCUCCAGGACCAGAUCGAGCAGUUCCAGAAGCUCGUCUUUGCUCACUUCCGUGGCUCCGCUAACAACGAGUGCCGCAUCUCGGCCCUCGUUCCUCUCGUCAAGGAGAGCUACGGCAUCUACAAGUUCCUCACUUCCAUGCUCCGUGCCAUGCACAGACGUACCGACGCCAGCGAUGCGCUCCAGCCAUUGCGAGAGCGAUACGACUCGCAGCACCAACACCUCCGCAAAUUCUACUACGAAUGCGCUAACCUCAAGUACCUGACCUCGCUCAUCAACGUCCCCAAGCUCAACCACGACCCUCCCAACCUCUUCGAGCUUCCCGAAGAAGGGCCCUACCUUCCACCUCGCCAGACACCCAAAGCACCGACCCCAGAACCUGGUCCAUCCCAGGCUGAAAUCGACGAGCAAGCCCGUCUGCUGAAGCAGUACGAAGAUAAGCAGGCUGCGCUCAAGGCACAAGAGGAAGCCGAGAGGCAAAGACAGUCGGACCUCGCCGCAAAGCAGCAGCGCGACUUUGAAGAGCAGCAGCGUCUACAGGCCGAGCAGCAGCGACUCGCACAGGAACAGCUCAUGCGUGCACAGAUGGACCAGAUGCAGGGUGGCCGACUCGCCGAGCUCGAACGCGAGAUCCUCGCCAUGCGUGGUCAGUACGAGCGCGAUCAGCUCAUGCUCGAGCAGUACGAUCGACGUGUCAAGGCGCUCGAGACAGAGCUCGCCAACAUUGGCCAAAACUUUGGCGCACAGAUGCAAGGCAAGGAUGAGAUCAUCAAGCAGCUCCAGGACCAGGUCACGCUCUGGCGCAACAAGUACGAAGCGCUCGCCAAACUCUACUCGCAGCUCCGAACAGAACAUCUCGAGAUGCUCGGCAAGUACAAGCAGCUCCAGAUCAAGGCCGGCAGCGCACAAGAGGCCGUCGACAAGAUGGAACGCAUGGAGCGCGACGUCAAGGCCAAGAACCUCGAGCUCGCCGACAUGAUCCGAGAGCGUGACCGCGCCCGCUUCGACCUCGACAGGAUCAAGGCGAGCCAGAAGGAAGAAUUCGACCGUCUCAAGCGCGACCUCAUGUUUGCCAACGAGCGUGCAGAGGACGCCACACGCGCCAAGGGCUCCGAGCUCUCCGGCAUGAUGGCCACGCUCAAUCGCCAGAUUGCCGAGCUCGAAGACUCUUUGCGCGAGAAGCGUAUGGAGGCCGAUGCACGCGACGCCGAGCUGGCACGCCUCCGAGACGAGAAGGAUGCCGAGCUCGCCAUCAUGCAGGAGGGCAUGGACGCCACCAUCAAGCAGCUCACCGACAUGCAGCUCAACCAGGGCGAGAAUGACCAGGCCGUCAACGCACAGAUCGACACGCUCAUCCUCGACAACAGCAAAAAGCUCAACGCCAUCAUCGAUUCCAUCCUGCAGGCGUGCGUCGACAAGAUCGACGAUGCGCUCUACGAGCUCGAGUCGCCCUCUGGCACCGGCAACAACACCGCCACGCCCGAAUACGUCUUGUCCAUGAUCGAGAAGGGCACCACCUCCACCAACGAAUUUGCCACCGUGUUCUCGCUGUACCUCUCUGGCGAGGUGGGCGGCGAGCAUGUCGAGGUGAUCAAGCGCGCCAAUCAGCUGGCGCAGACCAUCAGCGACACGCUCACCAGCACAAAGGGCAUCACGCGACUUGCGCAGAGCGACGACGCCGCCGACAAGCUCAUCAGCACCGGCCGCGAAACCGGUAAUGUGCUUCUGCGCUUCUUCGGCAACCUCCAGUCGUACCGUCUCGCCGGUGUCGCGCCUGCUCAGCGUCGAGACGUUGUGGCGCGUCAGAACAUGGAGGCACGCUCUGCCUUUGCCAACCUCAACAGUGUGGUCGAGACCAUGGUCAAGGCGGGCAACACCAUGCUUGCCAAUGCCAAUGGCGACAUCGGCGACAUUGUCGAGCGCGAAAUGAUGAACGCUGCGUCUGCGAUCGAUGCUGCUACCGCCAAGUUGCAGGCGCUCUUGUCGAGGCCCAGGGAUCACAACAAGUACUCGGCUGUCGAUCUGCAGGUGCACGAUGCCAUUCUGGAAGCGUCGUUGGCCAUCACACGUGCCAUCGCAGGCUUGAUCAGGGCCGCCACCGAAUCGCAGCAAGAGAUCGUGGCCAAGGGCCGAGGAUCGUCGACCAACCAGCAGUUCUACAAGAAGAACAACCGCUGGACCGAGGGACUCAUUUCGGCAGCUCGUGCCGUCGCGUUCGCCACCACCAUGCUCAUCGAAGCUGCCGACGGUGUCAUCAUGGGCACGCACUCGCUCGAGCAGCUCAUCGUCGCAUCCAACGAGGUCUCGGCCGCCACUGCCCAGGUAGUCGCCGCCUCGCGUGUCAAGGCGGAAUUCAUGUCCAAGACCCAAGACAGACUGGAGCGUGCGGCCAAGGCGGUCACAGAUGCUUGCAGAGCACUCGUCAAGCAGGUCAAGACCAUCACGGACAGGCAGAGCAACGGCGCCGGUGACUUUGACUACUCGACCAUGGCGGUGCACGAGUUCAAGGUCAAGGAGAUGGAGCAGCAGGUCGAGGUGUUGAAGCUGGAGAAGGAGUUGACCCAGGCGAGGAGGGUGUUGGGUGCGAUGCGUAGGGCUGGAUACCAUGCUACGGAGGAGGAUUAG